GGUUCCGGAGGACGCUGGAACGAGCCGCGCCGCGAGCCAGGCUGGUGUCCCGCUCGCUUGGCCUGGCGAGUGAGAUGCUGACCUCGCGGACGUUCCUGCAGCGCACGCGCGCGGGGGCUGUGCGCAAGGUGGUGCGCGAGCACUACCUGCGCGACGACAUUGCUUGCGGCGCGGCUGCCUGCUCGGUCUGCGUGCCGCCGCCGCCCGGCGCCACCUGCCUAGAGCCCGAGCCCGGCGCCGCCAGCAGCCUCUGCCCCGCGCCGCACUACCUAGUGCCCGACACCAACCUCCUGCUGCACCAGAUCGACAUCGUGGAAGAUGCGGCGAUCCGCAGCGUGGUGCUGCUGCAGACUGUGCUGCAGGAGGUGCGCGCCCGCAGCGCCCCGGUCUACAAGCGCCUGCGCGACCUUAUGGCCAGCCCCGACAAGCACUUCUACUCCUUCACCAACGAGCAUCACCGAGAAACGUAUAUAGAACAAGAGCAAGGAGAAAGUUCUAAUGACCGCAAUGAUAGAGCCAUCAGAGUAGCAGUAAAAUGGUACAACGAACAUCUAAAGAAAAUGAAUACAGAGGAGAAGAUACAAGUUAUCUUUCUAACAAAUGACAGAAAAAAUAAAGAGAAGGCUCUAGAAGAAGGGAUAACUGCUUAUACAUGUGAAGAGUAUGUUAAGAGCCUGAUAGCUAAUCCUGAUCUCGUAGAUCGUCUUGCUUGUAUAUCUGAUGCAGGGAAUGAAAUUGAAAAUGCAAGAGUAAUUUUUCCAGAGCAUCUUCCCCUUAGUAAGCUACAGCAAGGCAUAAAAUCUGGCACUUACCUUCAAGGAACUUUCAGAGCCAGUAGAGAGAAUUAUCUUGAAGCUACAGUAUGGGUUCAUGGAGAUGCUGAAGAGAACAAAGAAAUAAUUAUACAAGGACUUAAACAUUUAAACCGAGCCGUUCAUGAAGAUAUUGUUGCUGUGGAGUUGUUGGCAAAAAGUGAUUGGGUAGCACUAUCCUCAGUGGUUUUGCAAGAUGAGGGCCAAAAUGAAGAAGAUACUGAAAAAGAAGAGGAAAAGGAAAACAUGCUCAAAACUUCCAUAAAUAAGAACAUGUCAAGACCAACAGGAAGAGUAGUUGGUAUUAUAAAAAGAAACUGGAGACCACUUUGUGGCAUGCUUUCCAAAUCACAGAUAAAAGAGGCAAGACGGCAUCUAUUUACACCAGCCGAUCGCAGAAUCCCUCGAAUUCGAAUAGAAACUAGACAAGCUUCCACAUUAGAAGGACAAAGAAUUAUUGUUGCUAUUGACGGUUGGCCUAGAAAUUCCAGGUAUCCUAAUGGUCAUUUUGUAAAGAACUUGGGAACUGCUGGGGAUAAAGAGACUGAGACAGAAGUUCUGUUGCUUGAACAUGAUGUGCCCCAUCAACCUUUCUCUCAGGCUGUUCUUAAUUUCCUACCAAAAAUGCCAUGGAGCAUUACAGAAAAGGAUAUGAGCUAUAGAGAAGACUUAAGGCAUCUGUGUGUCUGUAGCGUGGAUCCGCCAAGCUGUACUGAUAUUGAUGAUGCAUUACAUUGUAGAGCACUGGAAAAUGGAAAUCUUGAGGUUGGUGUGCAUAUUGCAGAUGUCAGCCAUUUUAUUCAACCAGGAAAUGCUUUAGAUCAAGAGUCAGCAAAAAGAGGAACAACAGUGUAUCUGUGUGAAAAAAGGAUUGAUAUGGUUCCAGAGUUGCUUAGUUCCAACUUAUGUUCACUGAGAUCUAAUGUGGACAGACUUGCAUUUUCAUGUAUAUGGGAAAUGAACCACAGAGCUGAAAUUUUAAAAACCAGAUUUACAAAAAGCGCUAUUAAUUCCAAGGCUUCUCUUACAUAUGCUGAAGCACAGAUGCGAAUUGAUUCAACAAGCAUGAAUGAUGAUAUCACUGUUAGCUUACGUGGGCUAAAUAAAUUAGCAAAGAUUUUGAAGAAGAGAAGAAUAGAUAAUGGGGCCUUGACACUUUCCUCACCUGAAGUCCGUUUCCAUAUGGACAGUGAAACUCAUGAUCCUAUUGAUUUGCAGACUAAGGAGCUAAAAGAAACAAAUUCCAUGAUUGAAGAGUUUAUGUUGCUUGCCAAUAUCUCCGUAGCGCAGAAAAUUUAUGAAGAGUUCUCAGAAUGUGCUUUGCUCCGAAAACACCCAGCUCCUCCUCCUUCAAAUUAUGACAUCCUUGUAAAGGCAGCAGAAUCCAAGAAUUUGGAAAUUAAGACAGAUUCAGCAAAGGCUCUAGCUGACUCUCUGGACAAAGCUGAAACUCCUGAUUUUCCAUAUCUAAAUACACUAUUGCGAAUCUUGGCCACUCGCUGCAUGAUGCAAGCAGUCUAUUUUUGUUCUGGAAUGGACAAUGAUUUUCAUCACUAUGGUCUAGCAUCACCUAUUUAUACACACUUUACUUCACCAAUCAGGAGGUAUGCUGAUAUAAUAGUACACCGACUGUUGGCUGUGGCAAUAGGGGCAGAUAGUACUUAUCCAGAACUCACAGAUAAACAUAAGCUAGCAGACCUGUGUAAAAAUCUCAAUUAUCGGCAUAAAAUGGCUCAGUAUGCACAAAGAGCAUCAGUUGCAUUCCAUACACAGUUGUUCUUCAAAAGCAAAGGAGUGGUGAAUGAGGAGGCAUACAUUUUAUUUGUAAGAAAGAAUGCAAUUGUUGUUUUAAUUCCCAAGUUUGGUUUGGAAGGAACAGUCUUCUUUGAAGAAAAAGAUAAACCAAAACCAAGUCUCAAUUAUAAUCCAGAGAUACCAUCUCUUACUGUGGAAGAUACAACAUUUUAUACAUUUGACAAAGUUAAAGUGAACAUCGUGUUAGAUGCUUCCAAUAUCCAACACCAGAAAAUCCGUAUGGCACUGAUAGAACCUAAGAUACUAGGAAGUGGUGUUCCAGAUCAGACAACACUGAAGGAGAAAGCUAGUGAUGAACCAGAGAAGAAGAAGAAAAAGCUGAAGAAAUAGCUGCAUUUUAGCAGCUAAUUAGUACAACUAUUUUCUUGUACUUUGUGUCUGAGGAGGAAAUUGUAAAUGCUGAGAAACAUCAUACAAUUUUAAAACCUUCUUUUAGGUAUCCAUUUGUAAUUUUUUAAUAUUUGCAUUUUUAUUUAAACAUGCAAGUAUACUUGUAAAAGUUUUUAAACCAAAUACAUCAAUGUUUUCAUCUGGCAGGUGAAAAUAAAUACUUGUACAAAGUGAA